AUGGAUGCAUCAUCUGGUGCGGCAGCAGCAGCCGGCAUCGCCUCCUUCCCGCCGCAAGAGGCCGCACCCAUGCAGCCCAGCUCUCUGCCGCCCAGCGACAUGCCGCCCGGCGCCAUGCCUCCCGCCUACCACUUCCUCUACUCGCAGCUCGCCGCUGCCGCUGCCUCCCAGCAGGGUGGCGCAGCCCCAGCAGCUCCAUCGGCCUCAGCCGCCGAGCCCAGCGCCUGCCACGUGUCGCCCUCGCACGCCGCGCACGCGCCUCACUUCCCCUCCAACCACGCAGUCGCCCCCGACGGCCUCCCGCGCUUCAACUUCACCCCGCCGCCCACCCUGCCUUCCGCCCCAGCGCCCCAGCCCACAGCCACGCGCCCACACGGCCCUGCUGCCUUCCAUGCCUCCCCUGCACAGCAGAGAGCCCGCCACGCGCCGGACGGUGGCAGUGAGCGGAGCGGCAGCACGGGCGCAGGCCACGAGGCUGCGCUGGCACGGCGCACCACCACCAGCCUGUCCCUCGCUGCCGGCCUGGACCUGCCCUCGCCCGCCGGAGUAGCACCUGGGCCCAGCGGCGAGUGGCGGCAGACGGAGAUGGUGCAGGGGGAGUCGUUUGCUGGCGCGCAAGGCAAUGCAAACUCAGCUUACCUCACAGAUCUGCUGCAGCAGGCGCAGGCACAGCUGGCGGACCUGGACCAAUCGGGGGGCGCCAACCUGCGCCUGCUAGGCCUCACACUGCCCUCCGCGCAUUCCUCCCUGCCGGACCACCACCCCCUCGCAACACCGCCCCCCUCUGCUCCUUUCCACGCCCAAGCUCCAGCCCAGCAGCAGCAGCAGCACCAGCAGCAGCAGCAGCAGCAGCAGGCGUCGCCCCAGUCCCCCCAGCUGCCGCUACAGGUGUUGAUGCAGCUGCACGGGCUGAUGCAGGGCCCUGUCGCCCCCGCCCACCCCUCCGCCGACCCACUUUCCGCCCAGCAACAGUCCCCAGCGCAGGUGGCGCAGGUGCUGGCUCUGGCGCUGGGGGCAGGCGGAGAGGGGGGUCUACAGGCGCAGGGCGGCAUGCAUGGGGGACUGGAGCUGGGCGCGGGCAUGAUGGGGGGAAGCAGCUCUGCGCCUGGCACUGGCGCUGGGGCCGGGGGGGGCAGUGGGGAGCCGAUGGGCGUGGGCAUGGGCGAGGCGCAGCUGUUCCCCCAGCAGUGGAUGGCGGGUGGGGGCGCGCACACACCCAUGGCAGCGGUGCAGGCAGGGGCCACGCGCAGCAACGGUGGUGUGUCCCCAUCAUCCGCCCUCUCACCCCAGUCCGCCCCGCCGCCCUCCGCGCCCCUCCUCUCGCCGCACGCCCCUCUGCUGAGCCCAAGGCGUGCGCAGCCUCGGGCGCUGGGGGGAGCUGGUGCAGCAGGCGCAGGGGGGGAAGGGGGAGGGGGGGCGCUGGGCAGGAGGGAAGCGGGCAUGGGGGGCGCGGGUGUGGGCGGGGGGGCAGGGGGGAAGCGGCGCAUGGUGGAGGCAGCGGAUGGCGUGCUGUGCAAGGUGCGCGCCAAGCGCGGCCAGGCCACCCACCCCCGCUCCAUUGCUGAACGGGUGCGGCGGUCGCGCAUCAGUGACAAGAUGAAGCUCCUGGCCGACCUCAUUCCUGGCAUGGACCGCCAGGUGAAUGCAGCAGACAUGUUGGAGGAUGCCAUCGAGUAUGUCACGCACCUGCAGCGACAGAUCCAGGCGGUACGGUUGCAGCACCCCGAGGUGCACAUCCUGCCCUUCGUGAGCCGCCUCGACAGCCAGCAGGCCGCCGGCAGGGUGGACGAUGCAGGCGCGGAGGGCACCGACUGGGAUCCCGGGGUGCGAGGGGAUGGGGAGGGCGAAGAGGGCGAGGGAGGAGUGGCGAAGGAAGGGGGUGAUCGAGGUGCAAGAGGGGGUGCACGGUCUGGGGUUGGAAUGGAGGUUGUUAAGGAUGAGCAUAUGCAACUGACAAUAACCAAACACCGCAGUGUGAUAGACUAA